AUGGCGUCGUCUUCCCUAUGCGCCCCUUCUCUCGGACCGCACAUCCCUCAUCUCCCUUCUCCCUCACCUCCGCGCGUCUGGCACGCAGAACCAUCACAGCAGCAGCAGCAGCAUCCUCGACUUUUCCCGUCGUUCCUUCACGAGGAGGUGGCGGAGAGCGAAGACCCCUGCGACCGCACUGUACCUGCGCGCACCACCGAUGCCGCCGCUGCCAAUUUUGUCAUCGAUGGCACUGCAGCUACUGCCGUCAACGCUGCCAGCGUGGACUACAGUCAGCUUUCCGCCGUUGACUGGAGUCAACACGCCACGUUCUUCGCGCAAGAGAGGAGUGAGAACUUUGAAUUGCAACCCGAGUCUCAGUCGCAACCGCUAGAGUCGUCCUUUCCCGGUGGAUUCGGCGGCGGCUUCGAUGGCAGCGUCCUUCACGGCGUGGACUGCGGCGCAGUGGAUCACCUCGUCCCUGUUAACGCCUCCGCGGCUACGGAGGGGCCUUUUCGCGGAAUCAGCGCCGCCGGCGGCGGGGAUUUUGGGUUCUGCGCGCUGCCGCCGGCAGCAAGCUGCGGCAUUGGCGCGGAGCACGUGCAGGAGGUAACCCCGCUGGCAGUUCUCGAGACGAUUCGCGCGCUUCCGGGGCUAGCGGGAGGCCCUGCCGUGCCGCACCGGCCCAUGUCCCGCGGCGCGAAGGCGGCCGUGGCGCGGCAAUCGCUGGAAACGCCCCUAGUAAGUGGCUGGGAGGAAGCGAGAGGCGUGGGGGAGGGCGCGGGGAUAAUGGAAGCGGAAGUGGUCGCGGAGGGGCGACAGGGCCCAGAUACGGGGCUUUUCGAAGGGGGCGUCGCCGCUGGGCGAGAAGUGGCGUGCGCCAAUGCGGGCGAGUCGACGCAGAGCGCAGGGACGAAGCGCGCGCGCGAGCUGGGAGUGGCGGAGGCGGUUCCGCCGGUGUCCAAGGCGGCGAGGGGCCUGUGGGAGGUGGUGGCUUGCCGCGAGCGCGCUCUGGCGGACGCCGCAGAUGCAAUCGACCCCGCGGACUUUGUGAACAACGCUAUUGACGCGAUUGGCUUUAUUGGCGCGAUUGGCGCGAUUGGCGCGAUCGACCUGGUGCAGGCAGCAGCAGGAGCAGGGGCAGUGGCAGUGGAUGGACACGUAGAGGCGGCAGCUAGCGGUGUGCUUGGUGCAGGGGGUGUGGAAGAAGCAAUGAGGGGAGAGCUGGAGUGGUUCGCGGGGGAGGAAUUUGGCACAUGCAUGGGGAGCCUGUUCGGAGGGAAGGUUGAUGGAGUGGCAGGCAUGUGCGCAGGGCAGUGUGUGUGCUGCGGCGGCGUGAAGAACACGACCACUUGGACCGGAUGCCAUGACUUGACCAUGGCUGGUGUUGCAGGGCUGUCUGAUGAUGUGAUUAGCCAAGCCUGA